GUAUUUCUUUUAAUUUAUUCUGUCAAACCAAACCUUGUGUUACAGGAGAUACUGCUAUUGGCCAGGGUGUAACCCGCUUUUUUUUCUCAACAUGCAUCGAAAAGCUGAAGUCUGGAUUUUGCAUACAUUUUGCAAACGCCAAUGUUACACGGCUUUUCGAAGGAGAGCCUGGACAUUUAGUCCCCUCAGCCUCUCACUUUCUGGUUGAAAGUGACAUGUUCAUGGUGGCUGGGAGAAUGGUAGGCCACUCUUUUCUUCAUGGAGGACCAUGCCUGGCUGGACUCAGCCCUGCUAUUGUCCAUGUACUACUUGGUGGUAGUCCUGAAACUGCCACAGUUACACUGGAGGACUGUCCAGACCUGGACAUAAGAGAAACGAUCAGGCUUCUUGAAGGGGAAUCCACACUGUCAGAGAAGGAUGCAGGAAGUGUCCAGGAAUUGGCCUAUGCCUGGGACCUCCCAUCCCUUACCGAGAAGAACAGGAGAUGGAUUUUUGAGAAGCUUCUGAUCCAUGCUGUGAUCGGCCGUGUCACAAGACAAAUAAAACAGUUUCGACGAGGUCUUAAAGAAACCUCAAUGUGGACAAUGCUGACCCAACGACCUGACACAGUGGCCUUGCUUCUCCCAAAAGAGGGAGGUGCGAAUAUCAGCCCUGAGGUACUUCUUCAGCGAAUCAUUUGGCCCUGUGAGGAUGACGAUGAUGAUGCCGAUUAUUCAGUUGACACCAGAUGCCGCAUGACAGGCUAUCUUCAACAGUUCAUUGUGAAUGCAACACCAACUGAAUUGACUAAUCUGGUCAAAUUCUGGACCGGGUGGGAGAUUCUACCAAUGAGACCCUCUGUAGAGGUAGUCAUGGGCCGAUACCCCACAGCCUCCACCUGCUUCGAGACCUUACGCAUCCCAGGGCAUUACAAAGAUUAUAAAUCUUUUGAAAGUGACAUUCAGGCCUGUAUUUGCUCUUGCCAAACAGGAUUUGGCCUUGUGUGAGAGACAAGAUUUGAUCUUGUACGAAAUGUUGAUGUAACUUUGUUGGCUGUUAAAAAUGUUGACUGUUAUGCAACAAGUAUUAAUGUUUAAAGAGUUGGCUGAAUUGUUAUACUUGGCCAGCCCUCACCAAAUUGAUACACUUGAUUAAGUGAUAUUGCUUGUUUUUUGGCAUUAGACACAUCUGAGGUUGAAAAAGUUUUAAACGUUAACGGAUUUUAUUUUGUCACCGUUACAUCUGGAGGGCUUGAAUGCCCUUUGCAGUUUUAAUAAAACAAAUGUCAAUUUCACACACAUACAAUGGUGGUGUGCAUAAAGUUGCAGGAGGUUUUUGGCAACAUGUUCAUUAUAAACAAUCUCUGCAGACAAAUAAAUCAUUAAUCCAGGA